CUUCAUCCUCAUUCCUCAACCGCUUCCUUCAAAGUGACAACAAUGGCGCCACCUCAAUUGACGAUUAACCCACCUUUACUAAACUCGGCAACUCCAUGGGCCACCGACAUCAACGAUCUUCUGGCAAUCGCUUCAUCCCCUUCGACAGGCGCUAUCACGACCCGCACAUCGCUUAUCAAUGGCUUCGGCCAUCAACAUGAGCAGCACCAAUACCUCUUCUUCAACCCUGCAACUGCAGCCCCCAAUCAAGGCACUUCUUCCAACCAGAUUCCACCAAAGGGCCACACAGAAGAUGCAAUGGCAAGCUUGAAUAACCUGGGCUACAGUCCCAUCAAGCUCGAUGGGUAUCUCGGCUUCUUAUCAGAGAUUGCUCGUCGCCUUCCCCAAUUGCGAAAGACUUUCAUCAUCAGUGUUACGGGCUCCCCCGAGGACAUACAACAAAGCUAUGCGCGCAUCGAGGUCGCGUCGAAGACCCUUCCUUUCCCUCUGGCUAUGGAGGUCAACUUGAGCUGUCCAAACAUCCCAGGCGCUCCACCGCCUGCGUAUGGGGGCGCUGCUCUCAAGAAAUAUCUGGAUCUACUUCCGAAGGAUCCUUCUGUGCCCAUUGGUAUCAAGACGCCGCCUUAUACCCACCAUGGACAGUUUGCAACCUUGAUUGAAACCUUGCUACCAGCUGCAUCGUCUCUAAGCUUCAUCACCGCCACCAACACUCUCGGGUCGUGUCUCAUUCUUGAAAACGACAAGCUAGACCCCCAAUUACCAGGUACUGGCGUCGGUGGCAUGGCCGGUCCACCUCUUCACCCGCUUGCUCUCGGUAACGUGUCAAUGUUGAGAAAGAUGCUUGACCAAGUCCCGGAACUGAGUCAUAUAAAGAUCAUCGGCGUUGGUGGAGUCCGUGACGGGGACGGUUAUCGAAGGAUGAGGAGCGUUGGAGCUUAUGCCGUAGCGGUGGGGACAGGUUUGGGGAAGCAAGGACCAGGGGUGUUUGAGAGAAUUGAAAGAGAUUUGAAGGGGGAGUGGAGAGUGAGUUUCUUGAAGGAGAAGCUGUGAGUGGCCAAACCGUAAAGGGGUAAUGUCUGAUCUCCGUAACUUUGAGAGUGACGUUGAAGAGACUGUUCAUGUGUUCACGAGACGCGGUUGGCCAUUGUUUGAACUCUAUCAACGCUUGCAUUUAACAUCUCUAAAACAUCUAUAAUUACGUCUAAACAUCUAUCCUCCCUGAACCCUCUAAGAAGAGUUGGAGUUAUCGGCACAAGACCAAGCGGCAGAACCGCCGCUCACGUUGUAAGAGUCGAUAAUACCCUUGAUGGAACCAUAAGUACCACCGACCAUUAGGAAGGUACCGAGAACAAUAACAAAGAUACACCAGCUGACCAUCAUGGUCCACUUGGUAGUGCGCUGAGACUUGUCCUUGCCCUCAGCCCAGUGGUCGUAGAGCCAGAGGCAGCCAAAGAGCUGCAUGCACUGCAGUGUUCCGAGAAGAGCGCCGACGAGAGAGACGAGACCGCCGAAGACGGGGAUACCGGAGGCGAUGACGUAGGCGAUGAUGGCC